UCGGAAGGAGGAGCGAGCGGCAGAGCCGGAAAGAAAGCCACGAGCGACGGUGGUGAGGCAAGAUGGCGGCGACCAAGAGGAAGCGGCGCGGAAGCCUGGCGGUUCAGGCGAAGAAGCCAAAAAGAAACGAAGAUGUUGCCGGGCCGCCAGCUAAGCGGCACGUUAUCGCAGAAGAAGUGGAGGAAGAAGACAGAGACCGUAUCCCAGGACCCGUUUGCAAGGGCAAGUGGACAAAUAAGGAACGGAUUCUCAUCUUUUCUUCCAGAGGAAUAAAUUUCAGAACAAGACAUUUAAUGCAAGACUUGAGAAUGUUGAUGCCUCAUUCUAAAGCAGAUACUAAAAUGGAUCGCAAAGAUAAGUUAUUUGUGAUUAAUGAGGUCUGUGAAAUGAAAAACUGUAAUAAAUGUAUCUAUUUUGAAGCUAAGAAAAAACAGGAUCUCUAUAUGUGGCUUUCAAAUUCACCUCAUGGACCAUCUGCUAAAUUCCUCGUUCAAAAUAUUCAUACCCUAGCUGAACUAAAGAUGACUGGAAACUGUUUGAAAGGUUCUCGGCCUCUUUUGUCUUUUGACCCUGCUUUUGAUGAAUUACCACAUUAUGCUUUAUUAAAAGAACUCUUAAUUCAGAUCUUUAGUACACCGCGGUAUCAUCCCAAAAGCCAACCGUUUGUGGACCAUGUGUUUACUUUCACCAUUUUGGAUAAUAGAAUAUGGUUUCGGAACUUUCAGAUCAUAGAAGAAGAUGCUGCUCUUGUAGAAAUAGGACCUCGUUUUGUAUUAAAUCUCAUAAAGAUUUUCCAGGGGAGUUUUGGAGGACCAACUUUAUAUGAAAAUCCUCACUACCAGUCACCAAACAUGCAUCGACGUAUCAUAAGGUCCAUGACAGCUGCAAAAUACAAAGAGAAACAGCAAGUGAAAGAGGUGCAGAAACUCAGAAAGAAAGAACAAAAGACACUUGUUCCACAUGAUCCCACUGCAGAUGUUUUUGUUAUACCAGCUGAGGAAAAACCAAUAGAAAUACAGUGGGUAAAACCAGAGCCAAAAGUUGAUUUGAAAGCAAGAAAGAAAAGGAUUUACAAAAGGCAAAGAAAAAUGAAACAGAAGAUGGGCAGUGGGAAAACAAAAUGAAUCAAUGAAUAACUAGUUUUUCAGUUACUUUGUAUUUAUUUUGUAUUCAGUGUGUAAAUACUUUUAUUAUUAUCUGGCAUUAUCUUAAUGUGUAAUUAGUGUGGCAUUCAAAAGAAAGAAAACUUUAAAAUCAAUGAUUAUCUUUUUCUAAAUAAAAUAUCACCAGGACUCAA